UGCAAUCAUCACUCCUUUCCUAGGUAUCGCCAAAACUCAGCGAUUCUGCGCCUGCGCGAGGCGGCCUUGUCAACAUCCGGGUCCUUCAGGCGACGUCUCCUUUUGUUUACUCGGAGGGCGGAGUUAGCGGAAGGCGCCGUCCGGGCUCUUUUCGAGAUUUUCCAAAGCGUUGAAACAUGUCUGGGUUCCUUGAGAACAUGAGAUGCUCAGAAUGUGUUGACUGGGGAGAAAAACGAAACACAAUCGCGUCUAUUGCCGCUGGGGUCCUGUUUUUUACAGGUUGGUGGAUCAUCAUAGAUGCAGCUGUUAAAUACCCAGAUUCGAAACAGUUCAACCAUUCAUACCAUGCAUGUGGAGUUAUAGCAACAGUUGCAUUCCUAAUGAUCAAUGCAGUCUCCAAUGGACAAGUGCGCGGAGAUAGUUACAGUGAAGGCUGCCUUGGGCAAACAGGUGCUCGCAUCUGGCUGUUCAUCGGGUUCAUGUUGGCUUUUGGAUCGCUGAUUGCGUCCAUGUGGGUCCUCUUUGGAGGAUACGUGAUUAACGACAAACCAGACAAACCGGCCGUAUAUCCAGGAAUUGCGGUCUUUUUCCAAAACGCAUUUAUCUUUUUUGGAGGUUUGGUCUUUAAGUUUGGUCGCACAGAAGAUUUGUGGCAAUAAGAGACUGCGCACGCCCGGCCGGCUAUUUUUAAUCGCCCACCUCCAUUUUGGUAACAUUUCCGCUCUGAUAUCACUGACGAUAAAACACUGUCUACACUUUAAAAUCAUGAAGCACACUUCCUAUUUUUAUUAUUAUUAUUAUUCUGUUCUCUUAGCUUCCGACAUUAAGCGUUUUCUUGUAUGACAGAUGUAAAACUGUUAAGAGAAUCUGAUGAAGUCGUCCUCUCGCUGAAUGUUUUUGUUAUUAUAAUGAAGUAUUAAACAAUAUAAAUGUUUCUUUCAUA